AUGGCCAAAGAAUCCAAAUUCAGCAUGACAGAAACAUUUGUAGUGGCAGGAACCAACGGCCACAACGGCCAAAUGUGGCACACUCCGACCACUGACUCUGUGUCAGCGGGUCAUGCGUCCGGUGCCAACCGUACGUCCAGGAUGGCCCGUGUGGCCUCUGAUGUCAAGCACACGUGUGCCGCCUAUGUUCUGGCACUCAGGCCCUGGAGCUUCAGCGCUUCGCUCACGCCAGUGGCCCUGGGAAGCGCGUUGGCGUACAAGUUGGAGGGCUCGGUGGACUUGGUUGUCCUGAUGGUGUGUGCCGUGGCCGUUCUGGUAGUGCACGGCGCGGGCAACUUGGUCAACACCUACUACGACUUCUCCAAAGGCAUCGACCACAAGAAGAGUGACGAUAGGACUCUGGUGGACGAGAUCCUGGCGCCUCAGGAUGUUGUCAUGUUUGGAGCCUUGUUAUACUCUUUGGGGUGCUUGUGUGCCACGUUGCUCUUCUUCCUGUCUACACUCAGACUGGAACACCUUGCCCUGAUUUACUUUGGGGGACUCUCCAGCUCUUUUUUAUACACCGGAGGGAUUGGUUUAAAGUACGUGGCCUUGGGAGACGUGGUCAUCCUCAUCACCUUUGGCCCACUAGCCGUCAUGUUUGCCCAUGCCGUGCAGGUGGGCUACCUGUCUGUCCUGCCGCUGGUUUAUGCCGUCCCGCUGGCCCUCAACACCGAGGCCAUCCUACACAGCAACAACACCCGAGACAUGGACUCGGACAAGCAGGCGGGCAUUGUCACGUUGGCCAUCCUCAUCGGGCCCACGCUCUCCUACGUGCUCUACAACCUGCUGCUCUUUAUCCCCUACGUUCUAUUUUGCAUCCUGGCCACGCGCUACACCAUCAGUAUGGCGCUGCCUCUUCUUACGCUGCCCAUGGCCUUCCCCCUGGAGAAGGAGUUUCGUAGCCGAUGCUACACAAAAAUCCCACAGAAGACGGCCAAGCUCAACCUACUCAUGGGACUUUUCUACGUCUUUGGCAUCAUUUUGGCUCCUCGGGGCAGCCUGCCCUUACUGUGA